GGAUCCAUUGCCGGCGAGACUCAGUUUAAUUGGUUAGGAAUUAAGACGAAGACACCAGUGAUGGUGGCUUUGGGUGAUAUGCAAUGCGCUACUUAUGCUAAUCUCCGGGAUAAUCCACAUACAGCCGUGCUAAGUAUAGGCACAUCCAUGCAAUUGAGUAUUUUAAUGGAUAAGAGCUUUACGCCGGAAAAGAAAAGCGAAACGAUGUUUAAAUCGAUUGAUUACUUCCCAUAUUUCGAUGGCAGCUAUCUAUCAGUGGCCGCCAGUCUUAACGGCGGAAAUGUUUUGCAACAUUUGGUAGAAUUCGUGAGGAAUACCAUUAAAGACAUGACAGACAUUGAAAUAAGUGACGAACAGAUUUGGGAGAAAAUUCUGAAAUUACACGAAAGUCGAGCGAAAGAUAGUGUUAAUAUGAAUGAGAUUAUAGUAAAGCCCACACUCUUUGGUGAGAGACAUAAUACACGACUGAAAGGAUCGGUAGAAAACAUAAGUAAUUCAAUUAAAUUGAAUCACAUAUUCGAGGCCUUCUGUGGCGGUUUAAUCGACAAUAUAUUUUCGAUGAUGUCAAUCGAGUAUAUAAUGAGAGCGGGUGUCAGGCGAGUCAUUGGCACCGGGAGUGCGCUCUUCAAGAAUCCCAUAAUGACUGAGAUUUUAGAGAAGAAGCUAAACAUUCCUGUGAUUUAUAUUGACGGCAACGAUGCAGAUGUUGGCGCUGUUUGGGUUGCCUUUGAUCACUGCUUUCAACGAUAA